CCGACAAACCUGCACGACUCAGGGUGUUUGUUCCAGAGUUCGUGUCGUCUCUCUCGGUGUCUGUGAGUGGCUGUACCUGGGGGGAGGGACUUGUGAACGGAAACUGUUCAUUGUCCCUCACGCUGGGCUCCUCCUCCCCCCAGGGGGGGCUUGUGAGGGUGAACUGUUCUCUGAUUGGCUGCUCGGCCGUUCUCCUCGCUCCCCCAUGGAAUACUUGGAUACGAGUCACCGUGGAUAGUUACCAUAGCAACCGAACCACAGCCUUCAGCAUCUCAGUCAACUACACAGUGGGUUGUAAGCCUCAGAGCGUGGGUAUGUCUGGAGACGAUUUCAUUAACAGGCUCCAUGGCAACAGCAGCACGACAACAUCACCAGGCAACGGUUCUGUGGUUGCCGAGGCAGGUCGUCAUAACAACGUGUCGUCGGAGUGUGUGUGGAGUGUCCCAGUGCUCCGUGAGGAACUAGACGUUCUGUCUGUCCGGUUCUCUCCCAUUAAUGGACCUAAUGUAACGGUCACACACACACACCCCACGCUCCUCACCUACCCCCUCAACACACAGUCUACUGGAGGGACCUUGAACCUGGAGAUUACACUCAACACUACUAAUGCAACGUUAGGAAACAGCAGUGUGAUGGCCUGUCUCUCUUCCUGGGCUCCUGUCCUCGCACUCAACUACUCCCAUCCCUGUCACACAGGGUGGUUGAGGGUGAACGUCAGUGUUCCUGGGACCAUCAUCAGACUUCCCUUCCCUCAGGCUGCUACCUGGUACCUCACCUUACAACUCUUCUGCAACAGUAGUGACUGUGGUAACGUGACAGUAACACCACAGCUCCAUGUAUCAGCCUGUAUCGAGGACUGUGGGACCUAUGGAGAGUGUCGACUGUUGAGGUCCUUCAGCUAUCUCUACGCUGCCUGUGUCUGCAAAGCCGGUUGGAGUGGGUGGGGCUGUACUGAUGACAUCACAGCUGUCGUACGGUGUCAGCUGACAGCAGUUCUACUGCUCACGCUCAGUAACCUCCUCUUCAUCCCGCCCAUCGUCAUCGUUUCUACCAUGCAUGUGACCAGCCUGGUUUAA